AUGAAGAAGAGGUCACAUGGGGGCUUCCCAAGGAAAAAAGAGGGGGAAGCAAAUGUUGUGACGGAAGGUGCCCACCCCGAAUAUCAGUUUCCGAUGGUCCCUAUGUCGUACUAUCCAUAUUUGUAUAUCGCUGCAACUCAAUAUCAACAAUCGACGUGUCAGUAUCAACCGCAGAAAGGGAAUAUUGUGCCAAGGGAACUACCAACAGCCUCUCCUCCCUUUCAUCGUAAUCAUAAUCAUAAUGCCUCAUGCGCCUUUCGCGCAGGGUAUAUAGGACACUCCACAGAGGACUCUUGGGCUCUCAAGAAGAGGAUUCAAGAGUUAAUUGAUCAAGAAAUAUUGUCCUUUUCCGAGGAAAACCCCAAUGUGAAGACGGAUCCCCUGCAAAAUCAUGGUGGUUCAGUAGUUAACGUUGUAGUUGAAGAGGAAGCAAAUGAAUCUGUACUGAGAGUCGACGAUGUAAAGACUCAGUUGUCGGUUAUAUUGAAGAGACUUGAGCAGUUUGGGUUUCUAGUAGGUAUACAUGAUGAUUGCGCAGUAUGCGAGUAUGAUCCAGACAAUUGCGAUGAGUUAAGAGGUUAUAACACCAAGGCAGUACCUUGGAAUUAUGAAACAACAACGUAUUUGGGAGGAAAAGAAAUUUGUAUUCCUGACACUGAAAUUGUCAACAUCGCUGGAGCAGGAGGCAUGACUUGCAGUGGCUGUGUAUUCUCUCCAAAAUACACUCCUAGGGUGUCUCCAUCACCCAUAAUUAUCCCGUCUAAGGAGAAGUUCAUUCCUACUCCGACUCCGCAGGCAGGGGCAACUGUACCUGCCACUCCGAACAUGACAAUUGUUCCAGUUCCGACGAAUGUUAUUGAUAACAAAGCUGCAGAAUCAGAAGUGUCUAAAGGUAAAGGGUCGAUGGUUGAGAAUAAGCAAGUUGAAGAUCACAAGAAGAGCAUCACUUUUGAGGAAAGCCAGGAAUUCCUCAAAUUGAUCAAGAAGAGCGACUUUAAGAUCGUCGACCAGUUGAACCAGACUCCCUCCAAAAUAUCCAUUUUGUGUUUGUUGUUGACUUCUGAGGCUCACCGCAAAGCGUUGCUGAAAGUUCUAAAUGCCACUCACGUGAUGCAAGAUAUCACGGUCGAUCAGUUUGACAACGUGGUUGCUAAUAUCACUUCCAGUAGGUAUUUGGGAUUUAAUGAAGUAGAAUUACCUCCUAAGUUUAAAGGGCCCGAGAUGAGGACCAUCACACUGAUUGUCCGAGCUUUUGAUGGCCCCCGAAGGCAGGUUAUUAGGGAAGUUGAUCUGCCCAUCUGUGUUGGGCCUCACCACUUCAGCAUUACCUUCCCAGUCAUGGAUAUCAACCCAGCUUACAGUUGUUUGUUGGGCAGGCCGUGGAUUCAUGCCGCUGGGGCAGUCACCUCUACGCUGCACCAAAGGCUGAAGUUCUUGAUUGACGAUAAACUGGUAAUCGUGUGUGGUGAAGAAGAUCUAUUGGUUAGCGGACUCUCGUCAUUCAUAUAUUUUGAGACAGAUGAAGGAAUUGUUGAGAUUCCACUCCACUAUUUAGAAUUUGAAGAAGUCAGUUCUGCUACCGCCAAUAAUGACCAAUCAUCCGCCAUCAUUCUAUCUUCAGUCAGAAGCGCCAAACAGACAUCGGAGAAAGGCCCACUUUCCGGUUGGGGUAAAGUUGUUGACGUGGCAGAGAAGCGCGACAUAUUUGGUAUCGGUUAUCACCCAGCAACACGCAAGGCGAGCCCAAAGAAGAAGCAAUUCAACCCAGUCAAAUUCAGCAGCGCCGACUUUCAAAAUGAUCAUAAUGUGGCAGUCAUUGGAGAAUCUAGUGACAGCAAACCAGAGACACCUAAUGUCAUACGCAGAUGUCCUCCAGGGUUCAAGCUUCCCAAUUGGACGGCUACCAUGAUUCCCAUAGUGUACUUGGAAAAAACAUAA